AUGGGUACAGGUUUCUGGAGUGAUACCUGUGCACCCAUGCUGUUUGCUUAUCUGUUACCAAUUGUUAGGUUACCUACGCCGAUAAAGCAAAAAGAAAUCUUGACCCUCGAAAUUAUUCGAGUACGGGGAAUCGAACCCCGAGCUACCGCGAUCCCAACUUCACCCCGCGACCCACGGUACUACAUUCCUCGACGCCCGUCUCCCCUUAGCCUCCCACCGCUCGCGCCCCACAUGGCCUUUCAGGGCCCUUCGACACACCAUGUUACCUUCCAAGCACCCUCUCACGGUUUCCAGGCUUUUGCGGCUUUGGCCGUUCCGAACACCGCUCAUGAGCAGGGCGGGAGAGUGUACAAGGAACCGCGAUACCCACUAGAAGCCCAGCGGCGGUUUCUUUCUGAAGCAAGGAAGGCAUUGAAUGAGGUAAAGAGGGACAAGGAUGAGGAACAGCCGAAAUCGCCCUGCCAAACACUGCCCCCGCCUUCACCGACGACGACGCAACAACAGCCCAAAGCGCAGUCGUCUCCGACGUUGACUCUCCCCCUUACUCCUCUCAGCGGCGCGAGUACUGUAUCGCAGUACUCCCAGCUGGGCGACGAGGACGAUCACGAGACACAGGAGAAACGUAAGGGCGGCGUUUUCUGCUGCAUUGGCGUACCAUGGUUCCGGAAUAGUCCCAAGCCCCCAGUCGUUCCCGUGGGCGAGCCUGCGAUGCGGCAAGUUUCCGCAACGCAUCGCCUCAUUUCAACGAUUAUCUAUGCGAAUAUACAUGAAUUUACCACCUCUAACCUUUCCGUAAUGUCUACUCCUCGAAAAAGAUCUGUUCCUGAUGAAAAUUCCCCACCUGCCAGCACCUUCAUUCCGUACACUACACCACCAAUAUCAACUGUCAAACGAGUGUGGCGGCAGGUUCUCAAGGAUGUUACACCUGCCCAACUCAAUGAAGCAUGUCAAUCUUGGAUCGAAAAACAAAAGGAGAGGGCUCAAGAGGAGGAGCUUAGGUUGAGGGAGGCUGAAGAAGAGAAGGAGAGGCAGACAACUGAGCGGCUAUCCGACGCUCUAUGCGUAUCUAUCCGAACUCCUGCCACCAACGACCGACAGCUUUCAUCUCAGGUCACCCAAAUGCUUUCUCAUCACGGCAUCCAUAUCAUCGAGUCCAUUCACCAGUGUCAACCUGCAGCAACAGAUGCUUGGAUGGCUGCUAGGUUGAAGACCCUGCUUGUCGAAGAAGGAGUUCAACUCGGCAGUGACUUUUCCCUCGCCAACCUCUUGACUGACGCUCGAACCGCUGCACCAAAUUUCUUUUCUUUUCUUUGCGAUCUGAACGGGUAUUCCGCUGAUGCGACGCUUGAGCGACACAAGAAAAAGGAUGUUGUUCUUAGCACUGUUAUGUGUAUCAUUGCCCAAACAAAGAACGAAAAGGCAAGUGAAUUUCAGCUUGUAACAGCCAUUUACCUCCUCGCAAGUGGAGCGUCUCGCUCGCUUUUCAACGUACUCAAUCACGCUGGCUUCUCUCUCUCGUACUCAUCCGCGAUGGACAAGAUCAAACUCAUGGGGAAAGAACGGCUACAGUGCAUCUGGUCCUUGGUCCGCGAGAAGGUGUGUAUGGUCAUUUGGGACAACAUCAACAUUGCCUUUCGCGUGAAUGAGCAGCGACAAGCCGCGAAGAAUCAUUUCGAUAACGGAACGACUGCCACUCUACUCCCACUUUUCAACGUUCCUUACGGUUCCAUCCCUCUUUCGGUAUUGCCAUCACGUCAGGUUCGACGGAAUGUCUAUGAUUUCCAACCCCAUAUCGAUCUUCUACCAACCGCCGACCAAGUUUCAGAGCUCCAGACUUCCAUGAUCUGGCAUAUCGAAGACAUCCUGCUCAACACAUUUCCAGACAUUCGUCAGUGUCUGAAAGGCGUUGAUUUGUCUCCCCCCAUGGUCCUUGCAAUCCCAGUUCAUAAAACAGAACAAUAUCCACUUCCUGCCACGCUCAUUGAUGAAUCGACAAUUGAUGGUACACUUGACAUCGUCGAUCAUAUAUUUUUCCGCACGUUAGGUCUCACUGAAGAUGAGAUAAAGAAGCAUGGGCCCUUUCUCAGUGCUUCUGCAUCUCGACGAACAGAUACUUCCCUUGUCGAUAGCCCUGGAAAGUUCAUGAAACCUCAAAUUGGUCUCUUCCACGGAAAGGUGGCCGGAAGUCGAUGCACGGCCAACGAACACUGGGGUGUCCUGAAUAGCAAGUCCCCUUGGUCUCUCUGGCGAAUGAACACCUUACUUGGCUGGAAACCCAUCACAGCUGGUUGGAAAGCCAAGCAGCUGCCGCCAUUUCGACCCAUUAUGGAGCUCAUGUUGCAGCUGGCACUUCUGGCAAACAUCCUUGAUGGUUUUCGUUUGUACUGUCCAGGUAAUGACCUCAAAAAAUGGACCUCGCAGAUUAAGACCCGUGAGGAGCUUUCCCGGGUUUCGAAAGCUGUUUUCGAGGAACUUUUUUCAGCUCAGCGGGUAACCAAACUUCGUAAACUCAAGACGCGUGACGUUCCUCUCGAAAAUAUCAUUUUAUUCAACCGUGACGCUCUUAUACUCCUUGUGCUUACUGCAGCUAUCAAACAAGGGGAUAUCGGAACAGUGAUUAAUGUCCUUGCACACUGGGUACUCAUGUUUCAUGGGUCAGGAAAGAUGCCAAAGUAUGCCGAUGCUCUUUUUCACACUCUUAUGGAUUUGAAAACAAUGCACCCUCGUCUUCGCAAUGCCUACUUGAUGAAUUGGUUGGCCAAUUUAUCGGGCAGGCCAAAUGGCUUCAAAGAGAUGGACUUACUUCAAGAGCAUCAAAAUUUCUGGCUUAAGAUUAUUUACAAUGCCAAAGGCUCUAACCGGAGCUGGGAAUGGCUUGCGAUGGUCUCUGUUUCAAUAUUUGCCCUUCGGGAAGUCAUUCGCCAGGUUCAGACCCACUUCAAAACACCACGCAACAGUAAUUCCCACACAAGUCCAUCCACUGAAGCUGAUGUCCAGAUCAUCCACAAUUACCUUGUGGCUAAUAUGAUUCAAAGCUAUACACCCAGUCGCUUGAAUAAUGAAUGGGCAACUCCCUCACAGGAUCUCAUGGUUGCAGGUGCCGUUUACGCAACAACCGCAUCAGCCUAUCGAAAUUUCCGGCCAGACAAAAGACAUGCAUAUUUUGCGUCUGGGACCAGCAGCCCCAAAACUUCAAGUGUCGAAGAGACUCCAGACCCAUGUGACUUUCAGGAAGACCCAGGACUUGAUCUUGGGGAUCUGAGCUUGGAUGAUGAAGAAUUCCCUGCAGAGUUAGAUCCGGAACAGCUACGUGGUCAUGAUUCCGACGGAGUCUUCUUCUCCGAGCGCCGCGAGCAAAUCAAGCCAUUCGUUUCUACCCUUUGUAUCACGAUGCGCGGGGGGCCUGCCUGA